AUUAAAAUGGCGACCUUAUUCUCCUAUUUUACCAAGAUACCAGGUAAAAAAACAGAGAAAACAUCACCCAAAGCAGGGGACAAGGCAGAAACAGAUAAACCCGUUUCACCUCAAGAGAGUGCAAAGGAAAAAAUAUCGUCAAAAUCUGUUUUUACAAAUGGACACCAGACAUUUACCCCUGGGGAUCUGGUCUGGGCCAGACUAGAAGGAUAUCCCUGGUGGCCCAGCCUUGUUUGCAACCACCCCACUCUCGAGAAAUGCAUCAAGAAGGAUGGCAAGCGAGGGCUCGUACAUGUCCAGUUCUUUGAUGACCCACCUAGUCGUGCCUGGAUCAGUGACAAACUUGUAGAUCCCUACAAAGGGAGCCAGGCCAAGGAAUGCCAGUUUGGCUGCAAGUUCCACACCACCAAACCAGACGUGAGGAGGGGAAUGGAUCAGGCCGAUGAGGCACUCAAGAAAGAAAGGGAGGAAAGGAUGAAACUCGUUGUCUGCCAUGUUCCAUCAGAAGAUGAAGAUGAGGAGGAGGAGGAGGAGGAUGAGAUGGAGAUUGAAGAUGCAAGUGACGGCAGUGCAAGUGAAGACAACAUCACAAGCAGUAAAAGAAAGCCAAGGGCAGCUGCUAAGAAAGCCAUGAGCACACAGAAGAAGAAACGAAGGAGAAUCAUGGUUGCCUCUGACAGUGAUAGUUCAGGAGAUGAAUUCAAACCUGAAAGUGAUGAUGAAUCUGAAGGAGCUGAGAGCAGCGGAGUGGAUGAAGAUGACAUCUCAGAACCUGAGACGGAGUCGGACCCUGAAACACCAAAGAAAGCUAAAAAGCGAAAGAGGGGUUCCACUUCAACUGUCACUCCUUCCACAAAAAAGCCUGCAACGAAGGGUCGUAGCGUCCUAACUCCAUCUUCUAUGGCACGCCCAGAUUCAGCUACCCCACCUACUAAGAAGACGUUUGGCACGCCGUCUAUCAGCUCGUCCACCAAAGCUAAGCUCUCUGCAUUUCAGUCUCCUGCCCCUGCUCCAUCUCCAACCCCUGCAUCUGAAUCAGACGAAGCACGCUUUCCACAUCAACGACAGGAAUGGCUGAAACCAGGCAAAAGAAAAGACAUCAAGGGCAGACCAGAGCAUGACCCAGAAUAUGAUCCCAGUACUCUCUUCGUGCCAAAGACGUUCUUGGACAAAUGCACCCCUGCUAUGAGACAAUGGUGGGAGAUGAAAUCCAAGUAUUAUAAUGCUGUUCUUUUCUUUAAGAUGGGAAAAUUCUAUGAACUGUAUCACAUGGAUGCAGAGGUAGCCGUCAAAGAGCUUGGACUCAUCUACAUGAAGGGAGAGAAUGCACAUUCCGGUUUCCCUGAGAUAGCGUUUAGUCGGUAUAGUGAUACGCUAAUCCAGAAGGGGUACCGUGUUGCUCGGGUGGAACAGACGGAGACCCCAGAUAUGAUGCAGGAAAGAGUUAAAAACAUGAGCAGAUCUGUAACAAAAUUUGACAAAGUUGUCAAGAGAGAGAUAUGCAGGAUUUCAACACAAGCGACAAGAACCUAUAGCUUUAUAGAUGGGGAUACAUGUGAGGCACAGAGCAGCUAUCUUCUUGCAGUCACAGAGAGGCCGAGUGAAAGCUCUGGUGGGGAGAGUGUCUACGGUGUGUGCUUUGUGGAAACAUCCAUUGGCAAAUUCUAUAUUGGUCAGUUUGAGGAUGACCGUCACAGUUCUAGAUUCAGGACACUGAUAGCUCACUAUCCUCCUUCCCAGGUUUUGUUUGAACGUGGCAAGCUCCUCGGGAAGACUCAGCAGCUCCUGUCCAGUAACCUGAUGUCCGUCCUCAAAGACUCUCUCCUUCCUGGAUCCGAGUUCUGGGAUGCCGCGAAGACGCUGAAGGUACUCAAGGAGAAGGAUUACUUUGAGGAUAGUGAGAGAGACAAGGAUGAAGAGGCGAAGGGAGGACUGAACUGCUGGCCAGAUGAACUGAAAGAGAUGCUAUCAGAUGCCGAUUCUCUUGGAUUGACUCCUAAGGAGGGAUGUGAGAUGGCUUUAUCUGCUCUUGGGGCAUGUACAUGGUACCUGAAGAAGUGCUGUCUGGAGCAGGAGCUGUUGUCCAUGAGGAACUUUGAGGUGUACAAACCUCUAGAUGCAGAGCCCACCAAACCCUCCUCACCCCUCCCAACCUUCACAUCUAAACAACACAUGGUCCUAGACAGUAUAACACUGAGCAACCUCGACAUCAUUGAGAAUAGCAGCACCGGAACAAGAGAGGGCACCCUACUGGAGACGCUAGAUCGCUGUCGGACACCAUUUGGGAAGAGGCUGUUCAAACAAUGGCUCUGCACUCCUCUGUGCAAUCCAAAAUCUAUCAGUGAUAGACUGGAUGCCAUUGAAGAUCUCCAUAACAAUCCAGAUAUUGUAGCAGAGGUUGCGGAACUCAUCAAAAAGCUGCCUGAUCUUGAAAGACUACUCAGCAAGAUCCAUACUCUUGGUUCAUCCAAGAGGAACUCGGACCAUCCAGACAGCAGAGCUAUUUUCUUUGAAGAUGCAGUCUAUAGUAAACGCAAGAUCAGUGACUUCAUCACUGCACUAGAUGGCUUUGAGAGUGGUCUCAAGGUUGUGAAACUCUUCAAGAAAGCUGUGCCUGAUUUUAAGUCAUCAUUACUAAAGGCUUGUGUAUCUCUGAAGUUGACUGGAGGCAAGUACCCUGACUAUGCGGACACGUUGGAGUUCUUUGAGACUGCGUUUGAUCAGAAGAAAGCAAAGGAAAAAGGAGCUAUCAUCCCAUGUAAGGGUGUCAUCCCAGAAUAUGACAAUGCCAUCUCCGACAUGGCCGACACCAAAGACAGGCUCCAAGAGUACUUGGAGAAACAGAAGAAGAGGCUUGGCUGCAGGAACAUGGUCUACUGGGGCACGGCAAAGAACCGAUUCCAAAUGGAGAUCCCAGAGUCUGCCCUCUCUCGCCACAUUCCCGAAGAGUAUGAGCUCCAGUCUUCCAAGAAGGGUUACAAACGCUACUGGUCUCCGACGAUUCAGAAGCUGCUAGCGGAAAUGAUGAACGCAGAGGACAGGCGAGAUGCUGCCCUCAAAGACUCGAUGAGGAGAGUCUUUCAUAAAUUUGAUGAGCACUACAAGUCCUGGGAUGCUGCUGUCCAGUGCCUGUCAGUUCUUGAUGUCUUGAUGAGCUUUGCUGAUUAUAGCCAGUCUGCAGAUGGCAACAUGUGUAGACCCGAUAUCAUACUGCCCUCUGAGAGUGACCAGCCGUACAUCGCUAUUGUAGAAGGACGUCAUCCUUGCAUAGCACAUACCUUCGCUGGAGGGGACUACAUCCCUAACGACACAUUUAUAGGCAUUAGAAACGAGAACGAGAUGGAUGAUGGAGAGGGUAACCAUGGCAACAGCAGCUGUAUCCUGGUGACGGGACCCAACAUGGGUGGCAAGUCAACCCUGAUGAGACAGGCAGGGCUGAUUGUCGUCAUGGCACAGCUUGGAUGCUAUGUCCCUGCAGAGGGUUGUAGAUUGACACCGGUAGACAGGGUCUUUACAAGGCUUGGUGCAAGAGAUAACAUUUUAUCAGGUGAGAGCACCUUCUUUGUGGAGCUCAGCGAGACGGCCAGCAUCCUCAAACACGCCUCCAAGCAUUCCCUCGUUCUCAUGGACGAGUUAGGGCGGGGCACGGCAACGUACGACGGCACAGCCAUAGCAACGGCCGUGGUGAAGGAACUUUCGGAGGUGGUUGGAUGUAGGACACUCUUCUCUACCCACUAUCAUUCCCUAGUGGAAGACUUCUCUCAUGACCCGAACAUCAGGCUAGGUCACAUGGCAUGUAUGGUUGAGAAUGAGAAUGAAGAAGACCCCUCACAGGAAACCAUCACAUUCCUCUACAAAUUUGUGGGAGGGGCUUGUCCAAAAAGCUACGGUUUCAAUGCAGCCCGAUUGGCCGACAUACCAGAUGAGAUUAUUCAGGUUGCUCGUCGGAAAGCCAAGGAAUUUGAAGAGUCCGCCGAGCGAAUUAAAUCCUUCCGUUCUAUUCACAAGAUGUGCGGAACAUCUUCCAAGCUUGAUAUCACCAAAUUCAAGCAAAUCGUGGCACGAAUAUGAGAUGGAAGGAUGUUAUCACAUCAUAAUUCUCCUAACCUGCAGAUUCAGGAUUUCAUGACCAUCUUCAAGAAGUAGGUAGGAACUGUGUUAUGAGAUCAUGUAAUAUUGCUCGUAAAGAUGUUCUGUUUUUCUUUUACCCAUGAAGAUUUCAUGAGAAAUAAGGAGAUAGUCUUGGCCCCACUGACAUGCAUUUUUUAAGUCGUGCUAGGUAAAAUUAUGGUUCGUAAUACACUAGCCUAAUUUGGCACAAUAUUUACAGAAAGAAAGGGCAGUUUCUUAAGUCUUUUCAUGACUUAUAGCAUUAUAACAGGGGCCAGAGCUCACGAAGUCAAUUCAAAUGAUUCACAACUCUCUUAGUCUUUUAUGUAUUUCAUCAAAACUUUCAACAAUAUUCUUAUUGAAUCUUGUUCCUGUCAAUGAAACAAAUUUGUCACCCUGGUGAACUUUCCCUUUAAGAGAAAUACUUGGAAUAAGUCUUCAGUUUAAAUAAUCGUCAAUGCUGGACAGAUGUCCAUGGUCUCAAGAGAUUCUACUAAGGCAGACACACUUGUAUAUUUAAUAAUAAUUCUACCUGAAAGAGGCCAUUUCUUUUGGCUUGUAAGAGCAUUAAUAUGAAAAAUAUCUUGGUGAUUAUUAAAUGGUCAUCAUGAAGUUAUUCCUUUUUUUACAGUACUAUGCCAUGUGGCAUCAUUUAACCAAAUAAAUCCAAACUGAUUUAAAAGAUUAUGAAGAGAGCAUUGAAAAUAAAAUUGAUGUUGGUGAUGAUGUCUAUGUUUAUUCAUGUUACAUCAAGUGUAGCCAGUCCUUAUUUUCCAUUGUUAAUUAUGUAUUUUGCAUGUUUAUAUACAGUGCCAAAUGUACAGUAUGUGAUAUUUGAUAUGGUGCUAAUUCUGUAUUUAAGGUACUGGAUUUUCAUUUGGGGGCUAAAUUAGUGAAGGCAGUCAAGAAAUAGUCACAGAUAUUAAUAACAAAGCGAGUACACAUCUUAUUUUAUAGUGUAAUGGGGUCCAAUUUAUAAUUUUAUUUUGAAUGAAAGUGAUAAUGACAAGAAGUAAACAACCCCGCCACUCCGCUGUGGCCAUCAAUAACAUUUUUACACUGCCAGUUAUUUGUUUGUAAUCGUGUGACUAUUUUCUUGUUAUAUCCCAAAGAUAAACUUGUAUCAAAUAGUUCAAAUAGUUCGAGUAUUAACAUGUACUGUGUACCAAUGGGAUGGUGGUAGUAUUAACUUGACUAAUAUCGUUCAUUAUUGUCUACUCUAAUCUGCAUUAUAAAUUUAAACAUUUAGAGAUGAUAUAUAAAAGAUGCAUUACAUGGUGUAUAUGAAGAAACAUGACUCUAGUUCUUCAGUACAUAAAUAAAAUGCAGUAAAAUUUCUCUUGAUGACAAAUUUUCUACAGAAAUCCUCUCUUAAUCAAGAAAACAUUUUUAUUUUCCUUGAAUAUAAUCUCUCAUUGGUCAAGUGCUACUAUGGUACUACUCAAAA